AUGAAGCUUCACUUCAUCCCUGCUGUGUUGAUAGUCGCUCUGGUGAGCGCUGGUGUCGUCCCCUCUAACGCAUCACUGGAACGUCUCGACAGUCCUCUCUCCGAUGAUAUCUCCCUUGACUGGAGCCCGGAAGCUACAGUACACACCAACACCGAGCCCACCCAGUUCGAAAAGGCGGCAGAAAUCGGACGCACGCUCGAUGCAGCCAUGAAGUCCAAGGACAGCAUCGCUCGGUGGUUCUUCAAAGACUUUCCCAACUUUAGCGAGACAUGCCAGAGUCCCUUUGAUGGCGAUGGACGAGAGGAGCUCAAGAAGUGGGGGUUCGAAGAUAGCGAGGCACUGAGCAAGACGAUCGAGAAGGACUGUGACUUUGACAAGUACCACAACAUCAAGGCUGCUUUUGACGAGCUAGGCCUGGAUACAAAGGCAGAGAAGGAUGGCACAUUCGAGUUUGCUGUCAAUCCAGGCGGAAUGGUCGCGUUGAUGAACGUCAUGAGUCUGUCGUACUGCGCCGAGAGAUUUACCUGGUUCCGCAAGCCACGUCCCGACGAGCUGCCUCACAUUGGCACACCUUCGGAUAUCGCAUGGGCAGUUUGGAAUCGAGCCGGCGCGGCUAGCAUUGCGGAUGUCAAGUACCUUGUUGUCACACAAAUCAUGAAUGCAGCGUCUCGAGAGCUUAUCAGACAGGCGCUUGGGACACUGCAGCCGCCUCAGAGCGAGACGAAGAUUUGGCCGGGAAGCGAUUUCACCAUGGAUACUACUGGCGGCCGGGCCAUCUUGGGGUCACCGAUUGGAAGAUGGGCUGGAUACUUUCUCCUGCAGCACAAGGAGAAACUCGGUGGCAACCGCUUCAUUUCCAAGGUCAGAGCCUUCAAGCCAGUUGGUGCUACUCUGCCGUACCUGAUCUUCUACGUCGAUCCAAAUCCAUUAGGGGCUGGGUUGACUGCCGAUGUACCUCGCGGACUGUCAGCAUUGCCCCAUGCCCCUGAGAGUCCGACAAGAUCCGAUAGCAUGAACGAGGCCCGGGUGGUGAGGAGGAGCAGUGAUGGCAGGAAUGUAGAGCGAGAGCAUGCUAUCUACGGUGACGCGUCGGUAGUGAGAGCUAAAGUCUCACGUGCCCUAUGA